AUGGCUUUCUGUGAGAUAGAUGUAGAUGAUGAGACUAUAGAUGAUAAGAAGAAGGAAGAUUUGGAUCAUAAUGUGCAGCUUUUCUUGGGUAUUAUCAUAUGCAUCAUGUCACUUCACAUGUACUUUGCUCCUCCACAAACACUCGUGGACUUGCCCGUGACACACGAAACACAUCCCAAGACCUUGAAGCAAGUUACCGUAGAAGCAAAGACAGAUUCUUGA